UAUUAGGGUUGUAUUUCUGCAAUCUGUGAUGUCAGCAAGAAAAGUAGUGAGCAUGGUGUCCAAAUUGCUCUUACAAUCCAGUGCACUAGAUAGUCACGCACUAUGUAGUUUUUUAGUAAUUUAGGUAGUAGGGAGGGAAUUUAGACAUAGCCAUUGUGUUAGGCAAGGCAUCUAAACCCCACGUUGCCCCAACAGUGAAAAAGAAUUGCUUUGAGUUCUUAAGAGUAAAAAAUUUUGUGAAGGCUGUCUAACAAUUGGAAGUGUGAUGUGUUAUGACAAUGGAAAACAGAGUGAGGAGAUUUUAUUCUAAUAUGCAAUGCUCAAGAUUAUGAAUUGAUAAGAGAAUUUAGUCAAUUCUUGCUAAAAUUAAAACGUUCCUCCCAUCACUGAAACUGCCUGCUUAAAGAUCCACUCAAAUGAAAAUUUUAAAUGUUUUUUACUUCUGAUGGAGGACACAUAUCAUGAAAAUUAGGCCAAAAAUCGGGCAUUUGUUUAUUCAAUUUGUUGUCAAUAUAGGGCAGAUAAAAAAGUGCCAUUUGAAAAAGAGCUUAUUUGUUACGUAAAAAUAUGUUGGAUGGGGCACAAGCUCCCUACUCUGCUCCAUUCUGAUGCAUACACUUGUAGGCGACUAGAUCGAUGUACGUCUUUGUUUUCCUCAUCUGAGCUGGCAUCUGGCACAGAACUGUUUAGCUGGAUAGCUGCAAUAUUCAUUCAUUCAUCUUCAAAACCUGUUUUGUCCCUGCUGGAGCCUAUCCUUGCCACUCAUCGGCAAAGGCAGAGAAUAUCCUGGACAGGUUGCAAAUCAAAUCAAAUAACAGAUGCUGUUAUUAGCAGCAGUCCUCUAGCUGAACUGAAUGUUAAUCAGGCAGGAAUAAUGAAUAUGCAAGUGCAACUGCAAUGCUGUCCAGUGCUUAAAAAUGUACUCCUUUAUGAAGUUGAUAAUAUCAGCAUUGCGGCUAAUAAGAGUUGAUAUGUUGAAGCAAAAACAGCUGCUUUUCACUUAACCCUUAAAUCUGAGAUCGGUUUUCUUCUCUUGCUUCACAGCGUCGUGUCUGUCUGUCGAGCACUGGAUGCUCUAUUGUCUGUGCGCAUGUCUGACUGCUCAGUUUUACCUCCUGCUUGGCCCCCUACACUUUGGCGUCUGUGUGGACCUGUUCCAUACCAGCUUGUUCUGCUCUGUGGAUGAUAUUGGAACUGCUGCAGAGGAUGGACACAACUUUUACCAACAUCUGUGUCAAGUUUUAGGAGUUUCUCAACGUAAAACUAGACUGUAUUUCAGAUCACAAAUAUAAAAAUAAACUAUCCAUGUGCACUCACAUCAUCCAUGGCAUGAAAAUAAACAGACUGCUCAUUUCUUUGAGGUUUUUGAGGCAGUGCUUCAGCCUGAGCAUCAGUUUACCAGAUAGUACGCGUUCCUUGGACUCACUAAAAGUCUUCGUCAAAGGCGACUCCAAUAUUAACUCUGAUCUAAUGUAAAUACUCAACAUGCAUCUGCCCUUUGCAGGCCUUUGGAUGCAGAAGUUCAUUGACAUUUUCGAUCAAUCUGUUCAUGAGUUCUGCAGCCGGCGGUGAAUCUAACCUCUGUCUCCGUUUUACUUCCACCGUUGGAUAAAUAUAUUUUUUGAGUUGUACUUUACUUCUCCCCCUUUUAUUCCUCCCUCACUCCCCUCUCCUCAACAAGUGAGGCAGAACAUGUUUUGCGACAGCCAGCACAGUGUGUGUCUGCGGUCGCUGCAGGGCCGAGGUAUUCACAGCCCAGCUCCUGAGGUCACAUUUGCCCGGCGCCGCAGCAGCUCCAGAACAUUGCAUUCCCCUUGAAUUUUGUGCAUCAUACAUAAGAAGAUGACUGACAGAACAAAUACAUCCUUGGAAAAGUCUUCAUUGGCACCUGGAGCUGCAGACAUGGAAGGGCCCAGCGACAAGCUUUUUCGCUGCAGGUGGGUGCGUAACAAAGUCCCCGUGGCCCACAGAGAGGAGCUGUAUCACAUUCUGAGGAUGACAGGGCCUCUGCUGCUUGCCAGAAUCCUCCAUUAUCUGCUUCCUUUUGUGGUUACAAUGUUCUGCGGGCGCCUGGGAAAUAAUGUAAUGGCUGGCUACGGAUUAGCCUCUGCAACCCUGAAUGUUACUUCAGCAGCUACAGGAUUUGGUUUAGCUUUGGCAUGUGAUACUCUGGUGUCUCAGACAUUUGGGGGCAGGAACCUACUGCGGGUGGGAAUAAUCCUUCAGCGUGGCAUCAUCAUCCUGCUGUUGUUCUGCCUGCCCUGCUGGGGGCUCCUCAUUAAUGCUCAGGCCGUCCUGUUAUGCCUGGGCCAGGACCCGGUGGUUGCCAGAAUAGCACAACUUUAUAUCACAGCCUACCUUCCAGCAGUACCAGCCAUGUAUCUACACCAUCUUCAAGUUUCUUAUCUACAGAACCAGGGUAUAAUCAUGCCACAAAUGUACGCUGCUGCUUUGGCUAACAUAGCAAAUGUCGCCACAAACUACAUCUUUAUUUACUGGCUACAGCUGGGUGUUGUCGGAUCUGCAGCCGCCAACACUUUGUCUCAGGUUUACAUCUGUGUGUUUCUGUUUGGUUAUAUCUGGUGGAAAAAACUCCAUACCACAACAUGGGGAGGCUGGUCUGUUGAAUCGCUGCAAGAGUGGGGCUCCUACAUGAAACUGGCCAUCCCCAGCACCUUAAUGACUUGUUUUGAGUGGUGGGUAUAUGAGUUUGGGGGAUUCUUUGCAGGAAUGCUGAGUGAAGAAGAGCUGGCCGCCCAGCAUGCAGUCAUUAUGGUGGCUUUUUUGACUUAUAUGUUCCCUCUUGGCAUUCAAGCUGCUGCAUGUGCGCGGGUGGGUAAUGCUCUUGGGGCAGGAGACACAGCCAGGGCGAUUCUGAGCAGUAAGAUAUCGCUCGCUCUUGCAGGUUGCUUUGCAAUCGUUGAGGGUAUUGUGCUUGGCUCUACAAAAACAGUGAUUGGGUUCAUUUUCACAUCUGAUGAGAGGAUUGUUGGCUUGGUCUCCCACCUGAUAAAUGCUUACUGUUUUCUUCAGUUUUUUGAUGGUCUAGUGUGUGUGUGCACAGGAAUCUUCUUGGGCACAGGAAAACAGAAAAUACCAGCUGUGGCUCAUCUUAUUGGAUACUACUGCAUUGGUCUGCCACUGUGUGUGACUCUGAUGUUUGUUGCAAAACUGAGAGUUCUAGGUUUUUGGAUAGGACUGCUUAUUUGUGUUAUAUUGCAAUCUACCUUCUACAUCGUUGUUAUCUUCAAGCUGAACUGGAAGAAAAUGACUGAGGAGGCUGUGAAACGGGCUCAGAAAAACACCCGUAUGGCACUUGUAGAUGCAGAUGCUCUGUUGGACAAUACUGGCAACAACGCCAGCCAGGCAUCAAACAAUGGACAUUCAGUUGAAGGCUAUGUGCCAGUGACAACUGAGAACAAUGACGGAAAAUUAGAGGAACCUGAGAGACAUGUGGUGCUCAAGCAAAGACGCGACAAUCUCUCCACCAGCCAGCUGAUCCUCAGAAGAGGCAUUACUGUGAUUGCAGCACUGGGCCUUCUUAGUGUGGGCAUAAUUGUCCACUUCCUUGUGCCUUUACCGGAGACCCAGUUUGCAAAGGCUAACACAACAGAGGGCUGGAUCAAUACAACAUAUGCUCCCAGCCAAUAUUUCUCCACGGUGCAAUAGAUGAGACAACAGACUACUGAACAUCAGUCAAUCCUUUUUUGCACUUGUGCUUCUGAAAUGAUUUAGUGAUAAACAAAUGGAAUACAUUUGUAAUAAAUGUAGCAUAUUUAAAUGUUGCAAUUAUAUCCAAAAACUUUUUGAUGAUUGAAUAAUUUCAACUGUAGCAUGCACAUUAUUUAAUAACAGAUUGUUUCACUAGAUUUUUUUGUGUGUGAUUUUCUAUGUCAGUGUGCAUUUAAAAUUAAGGAUAAUAAUGGAUAUAUAAUUAAAUUAUUAAAACACGUAUCCUGAUAAUACUGUAUUGAAAAUGAAUUAUUUUUUAUAAAAAGGUUUUUGGAUUAUUGUGCCCUGCUAACAGCUAAACAAUUUAACCCUUUCGUGCCUGAAUUCAUUUCUUUUUUUUCCCUAUUCAAGGUAAUGCUAAAUUGAAUUACAGUAUAUUGCAAAUUAGUGAAGGGGUUAAUAUCUUUUUAAUAAAAUAUUGGAUUAUUGUAAUGUUUUUUGCUGUUGUGGGCUAAUGUUUAGUCCUAUUUUUCAAAGCCAUUUUCAAAAUCCAUUGACAACACAAUGGGAUGUUAUCAUUUGUGCCAGCUGUGUAUAUUUUGGCCGAUUAAGGAUAUAAUGAUGUGAAUUUAAAAUUAGGACAAUUAAAAAUUUCUUUCAAAUUCUAAAGCAGAAUCUCAAGGGUUUAUGAUUAUCAAGCUGAGAAGCUACCAAAAUUUACCAAGUUUCUCAACUCGGGGAUUUAAUGUGGUUGUGAUGCAUUUUCUUGUCUUUGUUCAAUCCGUCUUAUUUCUAGUGUCACAGACUGACAGGACAGCAAUAAAAUCCCCUUUUCCUUAAUUCAGAAAAUAGCAAAGACCGAUAACACAUUAUUUUGCAAACACUGAUGGGCUCGGUUGUAAGCUUUUGUUUCUCCAGCAUGGUUUGCCACAGGGUCCACUGAGAACUAGACCACAUCCUGAGGAUGACCAGGCCUCUGGUUAGGACUGUUCUCAUGAGCUUUUGGGUCCACAAGAAAAAAGGUUUAUUGUGAUUUCAUCAACAAUAAAAAGAUUUAUGUUACUAGAUUUCAGAGAACAAAAAGACAGAUCCUAAUCCCAAAUCCAAGUUGGCAGGUUUCAACAAAGAAGUGUCUUUAACUCACAAGUGGGUCUGAACUCACUUGUUGUGACAAGACUAAUGGCAGUGGCCAUUAGCGGCAAUAUGUGUUUGCUAAAAUCUCUUUAGUCUACUGGUAGGUGUUUCACCUUCACUCUCAUGGUUUCUGCAGCCAUUUUGGGUCUUUGUUUAGCUGUUUCCAUUUUUAGUUACAAUGUUCUGCGGACGUCUGGGAAAACAAAUGAUCCAACUGCAGAUAAGCUCGAGCAGAGUACAGUGCAACAAAAUUUAAAUCUUUUUUUUUCCCAGAAACCUUGUUUACGGGAAUGACAAUGUUUGAUCGAAUAAGCAUGCUGUGUUAUAGUGUUACCCAACUAAAAUGUAAUGAUGAACUAGCCUUGAGUUAUGUUUUUUACUCUUGUUUUAAGAUGUCCAGAGACUUUACUGGUUAUAAAAGUUGCCCCAACAGAGCAUCAAACACACAAUAAGUGAUGAAAGAAAAUGCUUUUUCAUUAUAACAGUUUCUAGCAUCUGCUGCUGCAGGUAACUGAGGGUCCAAUUGCAAACUUUUCACUGCAGGUGUGUGUGCAAACUGAGAGGGUCUACACCACACCCUCAGGGGACUAUAAAAAGGAUGACUUUUUUGUAGUUCUUAGUCAGGGAUAAUCUGGAACAAUGUGGUCUUUAAACCUCAUGAAAAACGACCAAAAAGCAGUAUUUUUGAUCCAUUUAUACUGCUUCUGUAUUCCUCUAAAAACCUUCACUCUGAGUACCAACCCAAAUCCACGAAAAGGAGCGUGUUCUCACUUAUUGCACAUCUGUGAUGGAACAUUACAUAGUUGUAGCACGUAGAAUCAGAGAAGUGGGAAUUUUUUUGAGCAUUAACAGCAAAAGAUUGCUAUCCUGGAGUAACUUUAUGGGUGUUGAUGUUUGUGUUUCUAGCAACUCCCCAUAAUCCUUUAUUAUCUGCUUCCUUUUGAGGUUACGAUGUUCUGUUGGGAAAUGAUGUAAUGUCUGGCUAUGGAUUAGCUUUUGCUCUACGUGCUCAUUGUUUUCAUGGUUCAAUGAUUACUGUUAUAAAAUAGCAAAUGAAAAUGUGAUUUUAGAAUGAGUAAAUACAAAAGACAUUCCAAAGCUUCAUAGCUGUUUUCCAAUAAUUUUCCAAUAAUAUAUUUUAAACAGCAGUUUGUUGAGGUUACAAAUGAGAAUCGGCAACUACAGGGGUGUUGUGCUCUGAUUGUUCUAGUUUGAUCAUCUUUGGAUGUUUUUUCUUUUUUUGUGUUGCUGUGCACUAGCCCUUACUUUGACCCUUUUCCGUGUCCCAAUCUAUAACAGUUUUUUAAUUUAAAUGUUGAGCCACACGUGCACAGACACUGCACACAGAUAUUUGGAGGAAAGAACCAGUUGAGGGUACGUGUUCCCUCAACGUGACAUCAUCAUCCUGCUGUUGUUCUGUUUGUUCUCCUGGGGGCUUCCCAUUAAUGCUCAGGCCAUCCUGUUAAAGCUGGGCCAGGACCCGUGGUUGCUAAGUAACUAAGUAGAAAUAAACUUUAUAGAGGCUUUGCCAUCUAAUGCUUUAGAGCACCAAAACAAAAACAAGAACUAUUUCUAUUAUUCGAUAUUCUAUAGGUAAAAUAACAAAAUUUCGUUAACAUGUUUUUCUGGACUGCUUACUGACCGUUUUACAGGCAAUCUAAACUUGAACAUAUCACCGGUAAUUGUGAUUGCAUUGGUUGAAAAUACAGUGGAAAACACAAUCCCUUUUGUUCUUAUGUCUUCCUUUGGCCUGUAUGAAUAAACUGUUGGGAGAAACAUUUUUUACUGAUUGCUGAUAUGUAAAGACCCAAAAUUUUCACUUCACGCUGACUGUCUUUGGUUCAGAUGUGGGACUUUUUGGCCUCUCCAUGCACAGAAACUGACAGACAGAGGUAUAUUUGAGCAUUUGCUUGUUCAGUCUAAAGUAAUAGUAGAAAAUGUACCUCCUACUCUGUAAUUUCAUGCUGUACUGAAAUGGGCUGGUCUGUCAAAUCACUAAAGGGGGUGGGGCUCUCACAUGAAACACCCCUGGACAUGAAUGACUUGUUUGGAGAGAUGAGUAGGCUAAAUGAAUUGGGUAGAAUCAUUUGCAUGUAAUUUGCAGUGAUGUCAAAUCCAUUUACGAGUGUUGUUCAAACUGCUUUUAAAUAAAGUACUUUAUUGUU